AUGAAAGGACCAUUCCCUGGGCAAGUCCUUUCAGCAGUUGGUCUUGAUCCCAAUAAUGGAAUUUACCCAUUAGCAUAUGGGAUUGUUGAGUCUGAAAACACAGAAAGCUGGAAAUGGUUUUUAGAUAACCUUGGGGAUGACUUGGACCUUGGAAGAAACUCAAAUUUUACUUUCAUAAGUGACAGGCAAAAGGGUUUACAUACUGCAGUUGAGCAAAUUUUUCCCAAUGCUGAGCAUAGAUAUUGUAUCAGACAUAUUCAUGACAAUAUGAGGAAAAGAUGGAGGCAAACAGAGUACAGGGACCACUUAUGGAGGUGUGCAUCAGCUACCACCAUUCCUGAGUUUGAACAUUUGAUGAAGGAGUUUAGUCAGUAUGAUAAGGAGGCAUGUGAAUGGUUGAAGCAAAUUCCUCCUAAACAUUGGGCAAGGAGUUAUUUUUCAGGAAGAGCAGUUUCUGAUGUGUUGAUAUCAAACAUGUGUGAAGUGUUUAAUGGGAAGAUAGAGAAAGGAAGGGAUAAACCUGUCAUUGGAUGUUUAGAAUUCAUAAGGGAGUAUCUAAUGAAGAGGAUAUGCAAUGUCAUGAAGGAAAUGAAAAAGGCUAAAGGUCCACUAACACCCACAACAACAGACAUCCUAACUGCAAGAAAAACAGUUGCUUCACAAUACAUUGCUAGGUGGAAUGGGGGAGACAAGUAUCAAGUCACAGGAGCUUUGCAGGAUCAACAUGUGGUUGAUGUUAGGAACAAAACAUGCACUUGCAGAAAAUGGGAAUUAAUUGGAAUUCCAUGCAGACAUGCAAUUGCAACUCUGAAUGAGAUGAGUAAAGACCCAGAGGCUGACCUUGACAUUUACAAAUGGGUUCACAAGGUGGAGCCAAUUAAGGGUAGAUCCAUGUGGCCCAAAAGUGAAUGUCCCACAAAGCUAAUCCCUCCUCCACAUCGCACUCAGGUAGGAAGGCCUAAGAAAAAGAGAAGACAAAGUGAGGGUGAAAGGUUAAGCAAAAAGCAGAAGGCAAGUCAAGGUGAUGGAGUGAAUGCUGCACAAGAAGGAGGUUCCCAAAAACCAACAAAUGAUGGAGUGCAGAAGCUAUCAAGGAAGCAUAUCAGUGUUACUUGUAGCAAAUGCAAGAACAAGGGACACAACUCUAGGACCUGUAAAGGGCAAGGUGGGAAUCAAUCCAAGAAGUAA